GCCGCUAAGAUGCCACAUAUCAAAAAGGCAUCGCGCAACAUGACGCCCACAAAGAAUAAUCGCACGUAUGGCCUUUUCCAUACCAUCUGCAAGAUCGCAUUUUUGGGCUGCGGUACCAACUUUUGGUUUGAGGACAUGGAUUGUCCUGCAAAAUUGAUAAAAAUCUACAACGCAAUAGAUCCAGUCCUCGAACUCAUAGUAAUUUUGUUUAUUAUGUCCCAUUUCGGUGCUUUUUGGACGCAGCCGAAUUUAACUGAAAAGCAGAGCACCGAUCGAAUGUUAUUGACGUGUGUUAAUGGCCUUUCGUAUUCGGUUUAUGUCAACAUUUUAUAUUAUAAGCGAGAGAUGAGAGAGUUAGUCAGAGAGUUGGUGGCAUUUGCUGUAAGGUUGAAGGAGGUUUGUAACGAUGGAAACAUCGAGAAAAUGAUGCAUAGAACAGCGUUUCGGUAUAUGAUUGCACUUUUUUUAGUGGUCAGCUCUGCGGUUAUUUCUUAUGGGUUUCAGAGUGGGAUUCCGGCCCUUACAACAAACGCGACUUUCACCGUCAUGAUCCCUAUAUGGCCAGACGUUGAAGACCGAAGAAUUAUCGCCGCAGCCGCUCGCAUAGUCCACUACAUUGUCUGGUUGAUUUUCAUGGUCCGGGUCCUCGUCCUCUACAUGUUAAUUAUCACCAGCACUAUUACUAUCGCGCACCAGUUCAAGCAUCUGUGCAAAUAUUUUGAAGACCUGAACGAUAUCUUUGAAGGCAGUGGCAGUCAGGAGGAAAAGGAGAGGAAAUAUGAAAAUGCUUUUAAAGUUGGGGUUAAAAUGCAUUCUAUCACGCUAUGGUGCACGCGGCAGAUACAGCUAACGGGCGGCAUGGCGUUCAGCGGUCAGGUCAUCAUCAACGUCUGCACACUCGGCCUGCUCAUGCUUCAGACGAUGUCCACAGAGCGGACGCUUGCCGCCAUGAUGCCAAUCAUCUUCAUGGCGAUGGCAAUCCUGAUCGGCACUGGACUCUUCUUAUGGAACGCUGGAGACGUCACCAUCGAGGCGACUCUUCUGCCAGCGGCCAUAUUCCACUCGGGCUGGCACAACUGCACGAGGCAGUCCUCGGUGCGUGUGCGCAAGCUGGUCACCAUCUCCAUCGCGCAAGCGCAGAAACCAGUACUGAUAAAAGGGCUCGGAUUCAUUGAACUAUCAUAUGAAUCUUACGUUGCGAUUGUCAAGUCAUCGUACUCUCUGUUUUCAGUAAUAUACUAGAAAUUACCUAAU